GGGAGUGGGGGGGAGUGCGUCAUGUCGUUCCAAUCCUACGAAAACGUGACUCUUUUUCUUCUCGCACCGGACACGUCCAGCAGAGCGUGUAGAAGGGGGCAUUAGUCGUCACAACGAAAAACAAGCUGUCGUUGACGUUUCCGGCCCGUCUCCAAGUUGGCGCGAACCAUCAUUAGCGCCGCGUCGCCGCCAACGUGGCAGCGGUGGCGGUCGCCUCGGACGACGCCUAAUCAAAGAGCCACGCGCUGCGCGGGGCCAGCGCCGCUUGCACGCGACACCGGCCGAAGCUGGGGCCGGCAAUCUGACCGGACCCUGUCGUUGGGCCAAAGCCGCCGAACCCCCCUUGGCCCUCUCGGGUGGGGGGCGACCCUGCCUAAGCACCCUGGCGAGCACGUCGGCGCCGAGCGGUAACUCGAAAGCUCCCGCCGCGGCAAAAGGACCGCCCCCGGGCCUCGGGGGUCGCGGGGCCCCUCUCGGGCCGGCCGCCGCGUCCCUCCUCCUGCGCGCUCCGAUUGGCGCUCCGACCGGAGCGGGCGGAGCAGCCGGCGCGUGUCGGCGGCGGGCUCUUCCCCGGAGAGCCGAGUGAACGGGCGCGUGAUGCACUGGCCGCGGGGCAGACGGCGCGAUUGAGCGGCGCGAUCCAGCGGCGCCAUUGAGCCGGUCGAGCAGCGGGAGCCAGCGUGGCGAGCAUGGCCGACGGCGCGUGCAGCCCGGUCGGGCCCGACGAGCCCGAGUCGGCGGCGCCGGGCUCUCCCAUGGACGAAGACGACGAGCCCCAGCGGUCCCCGACGCGACUCUCCAAGGCCGACGACGAGGAGCUGCUGGACGUGGUGAGCACGGCGUCGCUGGACGGCGCCGACCAGGACUUCUCCGAGGACGAAGAGUACUUCAAGCCCAUCAAGCGGCUCUGCAUGAUGGAGGCUCCGGCCAACCCGUCGCCCCCCAAGCCGCCCACCUCCUUCUUUAUCAAAGACAUCCUGAGCCACAAGCCCGCGCGCAGGGCGUCGGGCAUCGUGCGACCCUGGGACCUCGAGUCGCCCAACCCGGGCCGGCGAAGACCGCGCUCCACGGACGAGGACUCGAGGUCCGAGCGGUCCGAGAGCGACUCGCCCGACAGCCCCGCCGCCGGACAGCAGCAGCACAGCUCCACGUCGCCCCUGGAUGCGCUCUUCGAGAUGACCAGCAAGGCCUUCGAGGGACUCGAGUCCGGGGACCGCGCUGCCGAUGCCGCCCGGGAGAACGGCGGAUCGUUCAACGGCCGGCAGCCCGUGAAGAAAAAGCGGAAGUCGCGAACGGCGUUCACCAACCACCAGAUCUUCGAGCUGGAGAAAAGGUUCCUCUACCAGAAAUACCUGUCGCCCGCAGACCGGGACGAAAUCGCGCAGUCUCUGGGACUCACCAAUGCCCAGGUGAUCACCUGGUUCCAGAACCGUCGCGCCAAGCUCAAACGGGACAUGGAAGAGCUCAAGAAAGACAUGGAUGCUGCCAAGAUCCACACCAUACACAAGACCCUUUUGGACAACAUACAAGAUCUCAGCAGUUUCAAGAAGGACAUCCACAAGACUGCGAGUGGACCGUGAGCUCAGGCCGCGAUCCGUUCGGAAAGUCCAAAAAGGUUCUCACAAGAACUGUCGAUUCCUUCUAUGGUUUCCAUGUGCAGAGACAGCCUUUCUACGGGUAACUCGUCGGACAGUGCGUUGGCGACGCUGCAGUCGCCUCUGCGUUCAAGUCGCCACCUGCGUUCAUCUUGCCUCCUUUGUGGCAACGCCGCUCAGUGUCUCUUGGCGAGCACAGCCACUCACAAAGCAAAGCACCGCGCGGAACCGCGUACGGUGUCAUGCUUUGGAGGUUCCUCUCACUGGGCUGCUCUUUGUUUCGUCCCACGCCAAUUCCAAACAGGGAUUCAUCACUCUUGCCGAGUCCUCAUGGCACAAUUAACGACCAAAUUUUGAGCUGCAAUUUCAUGCUUAUGCCUUUAGUGUCCACAGAAAUUGGUACCACUCAAAGCGUCUAUAUGGCCGCGAGACGGAUUUGGUCAUUCAAGUUUGCUCGCUUAAAGUAAGAUUACAAUCACUUUUUUUAAUGAAUAUAACCGUGCUUUCCUUCUAAGCUAUUUUCUUGCAGCACAUUAUCUCUAACAGCCAACCCUUUGUGCGAAUUUGUGCCGCUGUUUUUACCGCGUAUGUUGUUCAGGACCAAGCCGAGUGAUAACUACUUAAUUGUGAGUUUGUCCAAAGGCAGCGUGAGAAGGCUUACGAAGGUCGCAGCUCCAGUUGUUCUGUGCUUUAGAUUUCUUUUGGUGCCUUUGGUACUGUUAAGACAUUUUUGUGCUGCUGUGAAAACUCAUUCUUUCUUCGCAUUCGGUCUUUUUUUCUUUAGCUCUCUAUCUCCGUUUCUCUAAGCACGUCUCUUGACGUUGGCAUUAUGAAAGUGUGCUAGAACGUAGGUGUCGUAAUGUCAUGGCCUGUAUCGCACUUUGGCUCUUCAGAUAGCUCUUUUGGGCUUAUGAAGCAAAGAGGAGUGAAAAAAAGCAAAGCAUUAUUUCUUAAUUUUCAAACGCAGCAUAGUUGUGAUUCAAUCCAACGCGUUUGUGUUGUGCCCCUGACACUAUGUGUUACGAUAGAAACAAACGAGUACUUAAUGAACAAAGCGAACUAACGCCUCUGCCAAAAAGAAAGCAGAGUGGUUUUAUCUACUUAAUUGUUUGAACCUAUAAUUAAUCAUAAAAUCACACCAUGUUCCAGCGCCUUUAUUCGCGUUUUAUGUCGCGUUAUUCUAUUGAUUUUCUUGAGUCAUCCCUACAAUCGCCACACAAACGUCACAUAGAAUAUUCAAAAUUAGGUACGUUUUUUCACAAGUAGAUUAAUUUUGCAACCCCUUUCAUGCGAGUGGCGAUGCAGCGGUGAACGAAGUCUAUGAUCUCAAAGGCAAAACUAAAGUUCAAGUGAAGAUGUGUAUUUUGUUUUGUUAGUUCGCAAGCACCCAAUGUCAUUCACAUACAAGCGAGUUCGUUUUUUAAUCGGCGAUAGAAUCCCUUUUUACUUCGAGAUGCGAAAUAACAUCAGAAAAGCUGUGUUUUCGUUUUGAGCGGUAAGACAAUGUCAAUGAAAGAGAUGUUUGCUGUUGUAACAAGAGCAGCCCAUAUCUGUGCAUAUUCACAACCGUUUAUUGUUCUCUAAGGUUUAUUUAUUUUCCCCAUUGACGCGCGACUCUGUCAUAAGGCAAUUGUGAGCAAUUCUGCCCGGUCACAGCUAUCACGGCUAUUUUCAAUUAUUGAAAACCAUGAUAUUGUAUAUACAUCUGAUUCAUGGAUUCCUAUGCGGUUCUAUGACGCUUGUAAAUAUACAAGCUUCAAUGAAAGCGCACCUGGAGAAGAAAUCACAAGCAUUUGCGGUGCUAGAAAAUCCACGUGCGCUAGCCUCGCAACUUAAUAUGCGAAAACCAAAAGAAUGUAUUUUUUAUCUGUCCUAUUCGAGUCUAGAUGCAUCCAAGCAACUCGUUUUGUGACAAUAUUGGAUGUCCUCAUAUUCACGGAAACUUGCUCCUGGAGCCGUAACUCUACAAUGCGAUUCUAAACAGUGUAGCAGUUGGUCAUCAAAUACCUCGAAAGAAUAGAAGUACUUUUAUCGUCCUGUUUUAAAACACACAGGGACGCAAGCACAAACAAGUGAUAACUUCUUUAUUCGAUUAUUCAAUGUAUAUUCGCUCCGGGAGAUCAGUACUUAGAUUUUUUUGGUAUAUAAAGCACCCCUUCAUUUUCCUACCAAGAUAUGCGAUAAUAAUUUUAACACGAUAAACUAUUUAAUAAAGCUAGGCUGUUAUAUCAUCAGUGUUAACCACCUUGAGGCUGUCUGGAAAAAAACGAAGAUUCCGGGGUUAUGGAUUAUAUGGUUGUUACGUGUCGGGAUUUGCAUAGAAGUGUACUCAUUAUGUUGCCAGAAAGUACUGUCCUACUGGCGUUUCUAAAAGGCUUGACGACAACAAAAGUGUCACACUAUUUCAGAUGAAAAUAAUUUAAAUUUAUUUCCAAGUAACGUAGGAUUCUAUGCGAAGUGGGUUUAACAUUAGCUACGCUCAACAAAUUGCGUAAGUUUCUAAGUGUAUAGUAGAUUCAAGAAUGUCACGACCUUUAUAGAAGUUGCACAUAUGACAGAAAGGCAAUCGUGUUUCAUUACGACAAAGCAUUCAAAUUUACACAGAUCACCUUUCAAUGCACGCUACAUCGAUAAACGUUUAUGAAUGCUACAAUAGCUAAAAUCCGAAUAGCUUUUUUAUUGUUUAAAGCAAAAGCUUAUGAACGACGUGAGGGAACGACAUCCAUCUUGCAGCAUCGAAUGUGAAUUUACACAUCUAAACACAGUCUCUUUAUGUAUUCGUAAGUCGUGCACCAUGUCUUUUGUAAUAAUUUAAGAGAGUAAACGCCUUUGCGUGAAAUUUUAAAUAACUGCACUGGAGGAGAACAGACAAACGUAUACACAUACAAAAAAACACCUUUACCCGCUGUAAUUUCAAUGACUAAUUUGUAUUCAAAGAAAACGUUUCCAGCCUUUUCAUCCCACUGAACCUUAUAGCCGCCAAUAAAAAAAAAAUA